UUGCAGGCUGAGCAAUGGGUUAACAAUAUGGGCUCUUCAGAUGAUGCUAAGCCAAAUAAUGUGGUUCUAGAGAGUCGUCCACCUAGGCUUGGAAUUGGUGCUGCAGUUCCCCGUCAAUCUCAAACUGUACUCUCAAAUGACCCUGCGGAAAGAAAAUUACGUGCUAAAUUGGAUGCUGAGAAAAGAAAAAAAUUGAAGAGCUCUGAAGCAUCAACAAUUUCUACCAAAGACGGGAAAGUUGAUGAAGAAAGCGAUGACGAGGAAUUAGAAAGCAAAACGAAAGCGUUUACCAAGAAGAGGCCUGCGGCUUUGCCCUCGUCUCUGCAAGCAAAGAAGAAGAAGAGGAAGUGACUCUGCAUUAUCUAGCAAUGAAUACUUGGAGAUGUGCUAUAGUUUUCCUUUAGUAUAUUAUUCGAAGCCAUCAUCUUCUUGUUGCCAUUUUGCAAGGUGCAGUUCUCUUGAGGUCUCAGUCUCCGGUUGAGAGAAAUGUUAUGAGUUCUGAGUAGCCCUCAAAGUGGAUGGUCUUGAAUUUUUGUCUUCGCUCGUCCCAUGGGCAAAACUUUAACAAGUGUUGCCCCUCGCUUGCUCAUGGGGCAAACG